UAGAAGCACAGCUCCAUCUUGGCUGCACUAAACUGCAUUACAAACAGACGACACCAUUGCUUCAACAGCAGCCUUCCAGUCGAGAGCCACCAUUUCCAUUUCCAGUUCGGAUCACCUGCCAUCCAAGUUGACAGUAGUGGUAAUAACAGAAAUACACUGAACCAAGGUGAGAAGUAAGAUUCCAAGAAGCAGUACAAGUGGAACAAUGGCCUCUAGACACUUGAAUGAAACAACCACCUCUGUUUAUCAGUACCUUGGCUUUCAAGUCCAAAAAAUCUACCCCUUCCAUGAUAACUGGAACACUGCCUGCUUUGUCAUCUUGCUUUUGUUUAUAUGUACUGUGAUAUCCUUGGUCAUGCUGGCUUUCCUUUAUGAAGUACUUGACUGCUGCUGCUGUGUAAAAAAUAAAACUGUGAAAGACUUAAAAAACGAGCCUAACCCUCUUAGAAGUAUGAUGGACAACAUCAGAAAACGUGAUACCGAGGUGGUCUAGCCCUCUACAGAAGAUGAACAAAAGCUUUAAAAGCAGCCUUCAGCAUCUUAUGAGGAAAAAGAAAAUUUCUAGAAGUCAACUGUUACUGCAAAAUUGAUUCUAACUAUGAAUGGCUAAAAGAUCUCUAGACGAGAAAAACAAGUUAAAUUUGUGUGUACUUUUUGUGUGUGUUCCCUUCAUUAAACAUAUUCUUUAGAAAUGUG